GGCGCGGGUACCGAGACUUUGCGGUUACACAUCGCGCCGUCGUUUUACGGCGUGUCUUCUGUUUCUCUUCUCUUGCGUCUCCAUGACCAUUUUUGUCUCCAUCCUACGUAUCUCUCAUUUUCCACAUGAGGAUUCGAUGGAGAAAAUUAUUGCUGACAUGCAUUCUCGUAUGCGUUUCAUUGAAUCUCUCUACAGAGCACGCCAAGAAGAUGUCAUAGCUCUACAGAAUAAAGUCUACAGCGCAAGAAACAAUACAACUUACAAACAUCACGUAGUGAAGAGUAAUUCACGCCAUUUCACCGUUUCACCUGAAGUUGCGGCAAAGAUAAAAAAUCUCAGUGGUAUGAAAGCUGUUUCCGGGUUGCAAACGAAAACUAUAUCCUUGAUGCAGACUUCAUUCAUGUACCAGCUACUUCCACAUCUUAUGGCUACCCCGAAUAGUCUACAGCCUGCUUAUCAUUUGAGAGGGGGGAGGCUAUUCUCUGAAGUAGUCAUCGGUAUACCCACUGUGAAGAGAGACAAAGAGAGUUAUUUAAUGAUAACUUUAUCGCAUUUAAUCAGUGGCUUGACUACGGCAGAUUUGAACAACACACUUAUAGUGAUUUUCGUCGGCGAAACCGACUUGGAGUAUGUCCUUAACAUUGCUAGACAAGUUGAGACAACGUUUCCAAAGCAUGUGGCUAACGGUCUAAUAGAAGUAAUAUCUCCAUCUGCUUCAUACUACCCUAACCUUGAGACUUUGCCGUUGACGUUGGGCGACUCUAUCAAGAGAGUCAAAUGGCGCACAAAGCAAAACCUUGAUGCAAUUUACUUAAUGGCUUACGCGCAGACAAAAGGAACUUUUUAUCUCAUGCUAGAAGACGACGUCAUCGCAAAAAAUAAGUAUAUGCAGGAAAUUAAACACUUUACGGCCGCUAUAUCAGUUUCGACACCGAAUUGGUAUUUCAUAGAGUUUUGCCAUGUUGGUGGUAUCGGAAAACUGUUUAGGUCUGCGGAUUUAAUACAUUUUAUAACCUACGUAGAGUUGUUCUACAAGAACAUGCCGAUCGACUGGCUUCUGGAGAGUUUUCUGGCUAAUCGUGUGUGUAGUUUUGACAAAUCUGCCAAUAACUGUGGAAAAAGUAAGUUGCUAAUACGCCCAAAGUAUAAAUCGUCCUUGUUUCAACAUAUUGGUUUAUACUCAUCGCUGCAAGGAAAGAUACAGAAAGUAAAGGAUCCGCAUUUUGGAGCUCUACAAACUUACUACCCCCAUAACAACCCACCGGUGAAACGUAUAACUUCGGACAUAAAGGAGCAUGCCGAUCACACUAUUAAAAGGGCUUACGAAGGCAAAACUUAUUUCUGGGGCAUCAAACCGAACGAAGGUGACGCCAUAGUAUUUUGGUUUGCAAAACCAACAGCAAUUGCAAGAUACAAAUUCCGUAGCGGAAACGUUGAACAUGUUUCUGAUAAGUUCUACAAUACUGUGGUUGAAGUGCUGCCAGCAAACGGGAAGAAGAAGUUCAUUUCUGUUAAUAAUUUCGACGAACUUGGCUUAGCUGAAGGUGACCUAAAACCUAGCAUCGGGCCUCUGUUGGCGAUUCGCUUACGCGUGAACAAGGAAAGCUACUAUUGGACCGUCCUGAGUGAGAUCGCUUUAACGACGUUAGAGCAAGCAAAGAAGACUUGACGGUCAGAGAAAACGUCUUGGGACCGAUUUACAAAACACCGCGGAUAAACAAUUGCACAAUCCACUGAAAUGGCUUGCCUACCGGACUUUGAUGAAUCCACACAAAUAUUUCGCUAAAUGUAUACCUUAGUCA